AUGCAGACCCAAAGCCAACAGCAUGCUGCUUCGGCCGAAGCUCCUCAAACCCAGGCCGGGCAAUUUGCUCAAGACUCUCGUGCCCCCUUUGCAGCUGGCUACCAGCAGAACGGCCUUGCCAACCAGCCCGAGGGGUAUCAUGACGGUUCUGCUCCGCUUCAAGGAGGUUUGAACUUUCAGAACCAGCGUUCUGGGCCCAAGUACAGCACCCUCAAGGGCAACAUGCCGUUCACGAUGCCCCCAAACAUGGACUUGUCUGGGGCCAACCGUGCACCCUACAAUGGCCAGUUUGUCCUCUUCCCCAGUGGUCCGAUGCUGAACGGCAUUCCUCCUAUUCCUUCUUUCAAUCACACUUCUGUCCUUGGGCCAAACCAGCUGAGUCACCUUCCGUAUCUUCCAGCCAUGUAUCCAGGUGCCAGUCCCAAUUUUCCUAUGGGGCCAGCAACAAUGCAGGGGUAUCCUUUUCCUUUCAUGGCAGACAACAACCUGCAGAAUCUGGCUGGCCAGAAGCGGAACGGUUGGAUCACUAGCGAGAACCAGAAGGUAACUGGCCAAUCCACCUCUGAGUCUCCUGGCAACCAGUGUGAAUUCUAUCCUGGCCAUGCUGUCUCCACCAUGGAUGGUUCCUCUAUUCCACUUCUGAACUACAACGGCACCCUUCCGCAACCAUGUCUCCCUUAUCAGGUGAUGAAGACGCCCAAUGGCUACAUGCUCCAGGAUCUGGAGAGUCUCACCCAACAGGAACCUCCAAUCCCAAGGGCCGUCCCCGCCAUGUGGACUAACCCUUCGGAAGUAACGCUCGCAAAAUGCCUCGAGAACCGCGAAGGUAUUACCAACGUCUACAUCAGAGGAUUCUUGCCACAGACCACCGACGAAAUGCUGCAUUCCUACGCUGCCCGCUUUGGGAAAAUCGAUCGUUGCAAGGCGAUUGUGGAUCUGGACACGGGCCUUUGCAAAGGAUUCGGUUUUGUCCAGUUUUAUAACUUCGAGUCAUGCGAGAAUUGCAUCCGGGGCUUUUUUUAUCUUGGAUACCAAGCAAGUUUUGCACAAAAAUCUCGCAAUUCACGCCUGAAGGAUCUUGAGGACAAGACGUCAACCAACAUCUAUUGCACUAACAUUCCGAUCACUUGGACUGAGGCUGACCUCCGACAUCAUUUCGAGCCGUACCGUGUUGUCUCCGAAAAGAUCAGCCGUGACGAGAAAACUGGCGUCAGCAAGGAGGUCGGUUUCGCUCGUUUCGAGACGCGUGAAAUCGCUGAGAAAGUGUUGGGCGAAUUCCACAACAUCGCCAAAGGUGGAGUGAAACUGCUCCUCCGGUUCGCAGACACGAAGGCACAAAAGAUGUUGAAACAGCAAAGCAACGAGCGCCGUGCAUACCGUGCCGGAGAGUACAACUACUCCGUUGAAGUGGUGCAGGGCUCUACUCCAUCGCCUUCUCUGCACCGUCUCCAGCAGACCGCCAAUCAUCUCAGCCCUAACUCCCAGGUCAGCUAUCCAUCGCCGGUCGGAGUAGGUUCCACUUGGACUCCUGCGACGUCCAUCUCCCCGUCGUACCAGUUGAUGAAGAAUCCGGCUAGCAACAUGCCUUUCAGCUCAUGGUCAACCAGGAACAGUCCAGCAACUUGGGAGACCACCCCGGUAUACCAUGGACGACUCUAUGACCGUCAUGCUGUGCCAAACAAUGCUUCUGCUAGCUCUUCCAAGACGGUUAUGCCCAGCACUCCGUGCGUCAAGGCUCGAUCGCAAGGCUCCAGUCCCCAGAAGGAGAACAUGGAGGUUGAUUCUCUCUCUCCAAUCUCCCACUGCAAGGAUGCCAUCAUGACUUCUCCAAGGUCUGCUCUUUGA